AUGCCUACAAACACCCGGUCAUACCUCCGCAUCGUCGACUUCCACGCCGACCGCAUACCACACGCGUCUCAAGAUGACAAAAUAUACUUGAUUAGACUCACGUCCAACGGAGAGGUGAAUGACUUCAUCGAAAGGCAACCAAGGGCUAUAAAACAUGACUACAACGAGCUCUGCAAAGCCAUCCUAGCAGAAUACUCAGACUACGGCGCCUCCGGGACCCUCACGGCAGCCAUGGCGGUCAAACAAGCUCACAACGAGCUUGCGGAAUGCUACUACCACAGGUUGCGACAGGCCUUCUUCGGCAACCGGAACUACGAAGGGAUGGAGGAAGACACAAAUUUCAGGGCCCUGUACCUCCAAAACCUCCACCCCAACCUUAGCCAACUACUGGGCGUGUACGCCUGCCCCCUUACGCAGGACAUACGACAACUGAAGACCCUAGUGGCACGGGCACAAGGCAAGCACCUGCUCAAGUCACAGGCUAAACCGCAAACCCAACCUUCGGUGUACAGUGUGGAAAACCACAUGGAACUUGAAGGCGCACCAACGGCCCCAAAACACAAAUGGGAACCAAACCACAGACCCCAAAGGAAUAACCAGAGACAAGCGGAACCAAAAAGCGGACAGCCACGCGACCAGAAACUCCCGCAAUACGGUGAGAGACGCGCCGGCCAAGCCGACGGGAAAGACCGAACGCCACAACGAUCCCGCCAAGACCGCACCGCUACUACCAUAAAUAAAGGAAACCUCUCCAGAGAGGAACAGUCCCUCCUCCGAACGCUCCUGCGCAAGGCCAAAGAAAGGAAGACGGACAACGCCGACGUGUUCGCAGUGUCCGUGCCGGAUGACGCAGAGGACGCACCAUACCGGGUAAACGACGACCUCAGCGAACGAGAGCUGGACGACGACUACUCUGACCCAUACAUACUGGAGGAACUCCAGAACGAGCUGGGCGAGGAAACCUGGGAGCCCCACCCACAUGAUGAAGACGCCUACUGCGACCAAAGAGACGUCAUGGUGGUACAGGUAAGUUCGAUCACCGACCCGCGGGGGGAUGGACCCUCGACAAUCAGGUGCGAACCACCGUUCCACCAGUUCAUUGGCGAUUUACAACAGAAGGGAGCCAACAGGAAACUUUACUUGUCCGUGACACUCGAGGACCAAUGGGAACACGAAGCGCUCAUUGACACAGCCGCCGACAUCAGCCUGAUUGCCGGCGACCUCUUCGGUAAGUUACAGUCACUGGCAAGAAAAUCCCACAGAGACCUAAAGACACAACUGUGUAACUUGGAAAUACGACCCUAUUCCCAAGUAAACACUACCAUACACAAAAUGGCGCUAAUACAACUCACGGUGGGCCCCAUGACGCUGGUCCACCCGGUCUACAUCUCCCCGUUCAACUCUAUCCCGCUCCUGCUGGGCCAGGACCUCCUGAACCGCUUCGAGCCCCUGAUAGACUUCCAGCGCCUAAAGAUCUGGGCCCAGGUCCGGAAGCCUUUGCCCAUCCCACGCACACUGAGCGAAACCCACUGCUACCUCGUGGAGACGCCACCAACAGCCGAACGAAGGCCGACCAAGGCACUAGCCGAAACCGGUCGCCAGGACUUCCCGACAAGUACCGGCGCCAACUUCCUGUGCGCCUUCACGCCAUCCGCGCAUUCGGACUCACCCGCCAUAAACGCCGGUGUAAUCUUGGAAGGCGCAAACUUCCCAGUCGCCGCCCUCGCCUACUGGGCGGACAAAUCCGCGGUCAGCCAGGACGUGUUCCACACGCUGGCCCAAAACUCACCAAAACUACCAUUUGUGAGGAAGGCCUCGCGCUUCCCAAAGGACCACCGGUCCACGGACGUGCUCCCAGCUAUAGGAUUCUGCUCACUCGCUUUGCAGAUACAUGACAAGACGCUUAAGCACACGUUCUCGGUCGUCAAAGGCUUGCCGCACCCGAUAGUCAUCGGCGGCGACGUCCUGACUCGCUUAGACACACAAAUAGACACGAUCAACAACGUCCUCUGGUCGCUAACGACCGUGACGAAUAAAUCCGAGACCCCCCCGCUAGACAACCUAAAAUCGGGCCAGACCAUACCGGAGGUGUGCCAGGUGGCAGCGCAGAACCACCUCUCGCUGCCACCCAACACGUCCGCGCCACUAGGCUUGGUAGUCCUACCUGGCCAAAUGACCAGCAACUCCCAGGUUUUCUUCCAACCGUCCCACCUUUUCCUGACGCUGGGCUUACAAACGGAGGCGACCCCCCUCCUACGGCUGGAAGGCCGCAGGGCGCACGUUAAGGUGCUGAAUACCACAGGAGACGCCAUCCUCAUACCGCGGGGCACCCCACUGGGCUGGCUGAUCGACACUACGUUCCACGAUUUCGACCUACGCCUCCCGGUGAUAGGGGACUGGCCAACAGGGCUGGACCGGGACCCCGACGCGCGGGCCCUGCUCACCAAACCAUCAAGGUCGAUCUCACUCUUCACGGUACCCGGCCCCAAAUCCAGCGACGUGUAUAGAGUCGACCUGACUAACCAGUCGGAGAUGGUCCUACAAACCAUCUCAGUCAUAGACUCGGGGGUCGACACCUUCCCCACCCGAGAGGUUCACGAGCCAACGCAAGAACCCACCGCCUGCCCCUCCUUCGAGGAGGAGCUGGACAAAACCGUGGCGUUAGCGGAUGCCAUCAACACUGACGAAGAAAGAGCUAAACUCCGCCAGGUGCUGAUGAAAUACAAAUCCUCUUUCGCCACAGACGCAACGGACUGCAGUCUGACCAACAUUCACACAGUCCGCAUUCCGUCUAAACCCAACGCCCCGCCGACCUACGUCCGCCAAUACAAAAUUCCCUUGGCAUCGUAUAAACCGGUGCAGGGCAUUAUAGACGACCUCCUCGUAAAAGGGGUCAUAAGACCAACUCCGGACGUCACGCCCGCACACACGACCCCUGCCUUCGACAGGUCCGACCUGGUGUCCCUCCAAAAUGCGGACCCCAUGCUGAAACGCCUCAUCGAUGCCACGAACGACCCGAACGGCCAUGACAUUACACCCGACACGCUGUCGAAUCGACUGGGUGGGCCCCUUAACGAAGUCUACCCGAGGCAACAAAUACAUCCUUAUGGUCACCUGCGCAUUCACCAAAUGGGUCGAAGGCUUACCAGCCCCAAACGACACAGCGCAAACGACGGCCUGCCUACUGAUGAACCAUGUGUUCUCACGAUACGGACUACCGUGCCGAGUUAA